AAACUUUAGAAAAUAACAAAAAAGAAUUUAUAAAUGAUAAUGAUAAUGAAAAUAAAAAUAAAACUAAAAAUAAAACUAAUGAAAAUGAUGAAAAUAAUGAAUUAUAUUUUUUAUCUGAACUAGAUA